CCUCCCUCCUCGCCCCGGAUCCGGUCCGGGCGGCGCGGGGACGCCGGCCUGACAGCCAGCGAGCGGGCGGCGCGGCGCGCUGCGGACGAACGGGCGCGCCCUGCAGGGAGCUGACCUGUCCUGGACGCAGCAUAGCUAACGAAGCUGCUGCAGGAUGAGAAGAUGGCAGCGCGGCUGCUUGCACCACCAGGCCCUGAUAGUUUCAAGCCUUUCACCCCUGAGUCGCUGGCAAACAUUGAGAGGCGCAUUGCCGAGAGCAAGCUCAAGAAACCGCCGAAGGCCGACGGCAGUCAUCGGGAAGACGAUGAGGACAGCAAGCCCAAGCCAAACAGUGACCUGGAAGCAGGGAAGAGUUUGCCUUUCAUCUAUGGCGACAUCCCACAAGGCCUGGUCGCGGUUCCCCUGGAGGACUUUGACCCAUACUAUUUGACGCAGAAAACCUUUGUAGUAUUAAACAGAGGGAAAACUCUCUUCAGAUUUAGUGCCACGCCUGCCUUGUACAUUUUAAGUCCUUUUAACCUGAUAAGAAGAAUAGCUAUUAAAAUUUUGAUACAUUCAGUAUUUAGCAUGAUCAUUAUGUGCACUAUUUUGACCAACUGUGUAUUCAUGACUUUUAGUAACCCUCCUGAGUGGUCGAAGAAUGUGGAGUACACGUUCACAGGGAUUUAUACAUUUGAAUCACUAGUGAAAAUCAUUGCAAGAGGUUUCUGCAUAGAUGGCUUUACCUUUUUACGGGAUCCAUGGAACUGGUUAGAUUUCAGUGUCAUCAUGAUGGCAUAUGUGACAGAGUUUGUGGACCUGGGCAAUGUCUCAGCGCUGAGAACAUUCAGGGUUCUCCGAGCUUUGAAAACUAUCUCUGUAAUUCCAGGCCUGAAGACCAUUGUGGGCGCCCUAAUUCAGUCCGUGAAGAAGCUGUCAGAUGUGAUGAUCCUGACAGUGUUCUGCCUGAGUGUCUUUGCCUUGAUCGGACUGCAGCUCUUCAUGGGAAACCUGCGGAACAAGUGUGUGGUGUGGCCCAUAAACUUCAACGAGAGCUAUCUUGAAAAUGGCACCAAGGGCUUUGACUGGGAAGAGUACAUCAACAAUAAAACCAAUUUUUACCUAGUUCCUGGCAUGCUGGAACCUUUACUCUGUGGGAACAGUUCUGAUGCUGGGCAAUGCCCAGAGGGAUACCAGUGUAUGAAAGCAGGAAGGAACCCCAACUAUGGUUACACAAGCUUUGACACUUUCAGCUGGGCCUUCCUGGCACUGUUUCGCCUUAUGACCCAGGACUACUGGGAAAACUUGUAUCAAUUAACCUUACGAGCAGCUGGGAAAACGUACAUGAUCUUCUUCGUCUUGGUCAUCUUUGUGGGUUCUUUCUAUCUGGUGAACUUGAUCUUGGCUGUGGUGGCCAUGGCUUAUGAAGAGCAGAAUCAGGCAACACUGGAGGAAGCAGAGCAGAAAGAGGCUGAAUUCAAAGCCAUGUUGGAGCAACUUAAGAAGCAACAGGAAGAGGCACAGGCGGCGGCGAUGGCCACUUCAGCAGGAACUGUCUCAGAAGAUGCCAUAGAGGAAGAAGGUGAAGAAGGGGCAGGCUCUCCCCGGAGCUCAUCUGAAGUCUCUAAACUCAGUUCCAAGAGUGCCAAAGAGAGACGUAACAGGAGAAAGAAGAGGAAGCAGAAGGAGCUCUCUGAAGGAGAGGAGAAAGGGGAUCCUGAGAAGGUGUUCAAGUCAGAGUCAGAAGAUGGUAUGAGGAGGAAGGGCUUUCGGCUACCAGACAACAGAAUAGGGAGGAAAUUUUCCAUCAUGAAUCAGUCACUGCUCAGCAUUCCGGGCUCCCCUUUCCUCUCUCGCCACAACAGCAAAAGCAGCAUCUUCAGCUUCAGGGGGCCCGGGCGGUUCCGGGACCCAGGCUCUGAGAACGAGUUUGCGGACGACGAGCACAGCACGGUGGAGGAGAGCGAGGGCCGCCGGGACUCGCUCUUCAUCCCCAUCCGGGCCCGCGAGCGCCGCAGCAGCUACAGCGGCUACAGCGGCUACAGCCAGGGCAGCCGCUCCUCGCGCAUCUUCCCCAGCCUGCGGCGCAGCGUCAAGCGCAACAGCACGGUGGACUGCAACGGCGUCGUGUCGCUCAUCGGCGGCCCCGGCUCCCACAUCAGCGGGCGUCUCCUGCCAGAGGUGAAAAUAGAUAAGGCAGCUACUGAUGACAGUGCUACAACCGAGGUGGAAAUUAAGAAGAAAGGCCCUGGAUCUCUCUUAGUUUCCAUGGACCAACUGGCCUCCUAUGGGCGGAAGGACCGGAUCAACAGUAUAUUGAGCGUUGUUACAAAUACACUGGUAGAAGAGCUGGAAGAGUCUCAGAGAAAAUGCCCGCCGUGCUGGUAUAAAUUUGCCAACACUUUCCUCAUCUGGGAGUGUCACCCCUACUGGAUAAAGCUGAAAGAGAUUGUGAACUUGAUCGUUAUGGACCCUUUCGUGGACCUGGCCAUCACCAUCUGCAUCGUCCUGAACACGCUGUUUAUGGCCAUGGAGCACCAUCCUAUGACGCCACAGUUUGAACAUGUCUUGGCUGUAGGAAAUCUGGUUUUCACUGGAAUUUUCACAGCGGAAAUGUUCCUGAAACUCAUAGCCAUGGAUCCCUACUAUUAUUUCCAAGAAGGUUGGAACAUUUUUGAUGGAUUUAUUGUCUCCCUCAGUUUAAUGGAACUGAGUCUAGCAGACGUGGAGGGGCUUUCGGUGCUGCGAUCUUUCCGAUUGCUCCGAGUCUUCAAACUGGCCAAAUCCUGGCCCACCCUGAACAUGCUGAUCAAGAUUAUCGGAAACUCAGUGGGUGCCCUGGGCAACCUGACCCUGGUGCUGGCCAUUAUCGUCUUCAUCUUUGCCGUGGUGGGGAUGCAACUCUUCGGAAAGAGCUACAAAGAGUGUGUCUGCAAGAUCAACCAGGACUGUGAACUCCCUCGUUGGCACAUGCAUGACUUUUUUCAUUCUUUCCUCAUUGUCUUUCGAGUGUUGUGCGGGGAGUGGAUCGAGACCAUGUGGGACUGCAUGGAGGUGGCCGGCCAGGCCAUGUGCCUCAUUGUCUUCAUGAUGGUCAUGGUUAUUGGCAACUUGGUGGUGCUGAACCUGUUUCUGGCCCUGCUCCUGAGCUCCUUCAGUGCUGACAACCUGGCAGCCACAGACGAUGAUGGGGAAAUGAACAACCUGCAAAUCUCAGUAAUCCGGAUCAAGAAGGGUGUGGCGUGGACCAAACUGAAAGUGCGCGCCUUCAUGCAGGCCCACUUCAGGCAGCGCGAGGCUGAUGAGGUGAAACCUCUGGACGAGCUGUACGAAAAGAAGGCCAACUGCAUCGCCAACCACACUGGUGCUGACAUCCACCGGAACGGUGACUUGCAGAAGAACGGCAAUGGCACGACCAGCGGCAUUGGCAGCAGCGUGGAGAAGUACAUCAUUGAUGAGGACCACAUGUCCUUCAUCAACAACCCCAGCCUGACCGUGCGCGUGCCCAUUGCCGUGGGCGAGUCUGAUCUUGAGAACCUCAACACUGAGGACGUCAGCAGCGAGUCGGAUCCUGAAGGCAGCAAAGACAAACUGGAUGACACUAGCUCCUCUGAAGGAAGCACCAUCGAUAUCAAACCAGAAGUAGAAGAAGUCCCUGUGGAACAGCCUGAGGAAUACUUGGAUCCAGAUGCCUGUUUCACAGAAGGUUGUGUCCAGAGAUUCAAGUGCUGCCAGGUCAACAUUGAGGAAGGGCUGGGCAAGUCUUGGUGGAUCCUGCGGAAAACCUGCUUCCUCAUCGUGGAGCACAAUUGGUUUGAGACCUUCAUCAUCUUCAUGAUUCUGCUCAGCAGUGGCGCCCUGGCCUUCGAGGACAUCUACAUCGAGCAGAGAAAGACCAUCCGUACCAUCCUGGAGUACGCUGACAAAGUCUUCACCUAUAUCUUCAUCCUGGAGAUGUUGCUCAAGUGGACAGCCUAUGGCUUCGUCAAGUUCUUCACCAAUGCCUGGUGCUGGCUGGACUUCCUCAUCGUGGCUGUCUCUUUAGUCAGCCUUAUAGCUAAUGCCCUGGGCUACUCGGAACUAGGUGCCAUAAAGUCCCUUAGGACCCUAAGAGCUUUGAGACCCUUAAGAGCCUUAUCACGAUUUGAAGGGAUGAGGGUGGUGGUGAAUGCCUUGGUGGGCGCCAUCCCCUCCAUCAUGAAUGUGCUGCUGGUGUGUCUCAUCUUCUGGCUGAUUUUCAGCAUCAUGGGAGUUAACCUGUUUGCGGGAAAGUACCACUACUGCUUUAAUGAGAGUUCUGAGAUCCGAUUUGAAAUUGAAGAUGUCAACAAUAAAACUGAGUGUGAAAAGCUCAUGGAGGGGAACAAUACAGAAAUCAGAUGGAAGAACGUGAAGAUCAACUUUGACAACGUCGGGGCAGGAUAUCUGGCGCUUCUUCAAGUGGCAACCUUCAAAGGCUGGAUGGACAUCAUGUAUGCAGCUGUAGAUUCCCGAAAGCCUGAUGAGCAGCCUAAGUAUGAGGACAACAUCUACAUGUACAUCUACUUUGUCAUCUUCAUCAUCUUCGGCUCCUUCUUCACCCUGAACCUGUUCAUUGGUGUCAUCAUUGAUAACUUCAAUCAACAAAAGAAAAAGUUUGGAGGUCAGGACAUCUUCAUGACCGAAGAACAGAAGAAGUACUACAAUGCCAUGAAAAAGCUGGGCUCAAAGAAACCACAGAAACCCAUCCCUCGCCCCCUGAACAAGAUCCAAGGCAUCAUCUUCGACUUCGUCACGCAGCAGGCCUUUGACAUCGUCAUCAUGAUGCUCAUCUGCCUGAACAUGGUGACCAUGAUGGUGGAGACGGACACGCAGAGCAAGCAGGUGGAGAACAUCCUCUACUGGAUCAACCUGGUCUUCGUCAUUUUCUUCACCUGUGAGUGUGUGCUCAAAAUGUUCGCCCUGAGGCACUACUACUUCACCAUCGGCUGGAACAUCUUCGACUUCGUGGUGGUCAUCCUCUCCAUUGUGGGAAUGUUCCUGGCUGAUAUAAUUGAGAAAUACUUUGUUUCCCCAACCCUGUUCCGAGUCAUCCGAUUGGCCCGUAUUGGGCGCAUCUUGCGUCUGAUCAAAGGCGCCAAAGGGAUUCGUACCCUGCUCUUUGCCUUAAUGAUGUCCUUGCCUGCUCUGUUCAACAUCGGCCUUCUGCUCUUCCUGGUCAUGUUCAUCUUCUCCAUCUUUGGGAUGUCCAAUUUUGCAUAUGUGAAGCACGAGGCUGGCAUUGAUGACAUGUUCAACUUUGAGACAUUUGGCAACAGCAUGAUCUGCCUAUUUCAGAUCACAACCUCGGCCGGUUGGGAUGGCCUGCUGCUGCCCAUCCUCAACCGGCCUCCUGACUGCAGUCUGGAUAAGGAGCACCCAGGGAGUGGCUUUAAAGGAGACUGCGGGAACCCCUCAGUGGGCAUCUUCUUCUUUGUGAGCUACAUCAUCAUCUCCUUCCUGAUCGUGGUGAACAUGUACAUUGCCAUCAUCUUGGAGAACUUCAGUGUAGCCACGGAGGAAAGUGCAGACCCUCUGAGUGAGGACGACUUUGAGACCUUCUAUGAGAUCUGGGAGAAGUUCGACCCUGAUGCCACCCAGUUCAUCGAGUACUGUAAGCUGGCAGACUUUGCAGAUGCCUUGGAGCAUCCUCUCCGAGUGCCCAAGCCCAACACCAUUGAGCUCAUUGCCAUGGAUCUGCCAAUGGUCAGCGGGGAUCGCAUCCACUGCUUGGACAUCCUUUUUGCCUUCACCAAGCGGGUCCUGGGAGAUAGCGGGGAGUUGGACAUCCUUCGGCAGCAGAUGGAGGAGAGGUUCGUGGCAUCCAAUCCUUCCAAAGUGUCUUAUGAGCCAAUCACGACCACACUGCGGCGCAAGCAGGAAGAGGUGUCAGCAGUGGUCCUACAGCGCGCCUACCGGGGACACUUGGCAAGGCGGGGCUUCAUUUACAAAAAGACAACUUCCAAUAAGCUGGAGAAUGGAGGCACCCACCGGGAGAAAAAGGAGAGCACCCCGUCUACAGCCUCCCUCCCAUCCUAUGACAGUGUGACUAAACCCGAGAAGGAGAAACAGCAGCGGGCAGAGGAAGGAAGAAGGGAAAGAGCCAAAAGACAAAAAGAGGUCAGAGAAUCCAAGUGUUAGAGGAAAGCAAAAAGUAAACAUUGUACAGAUUUAAAACUUGCAAGUGAAAGAUUGUUUACAAACUUCCUGAAUAUUAUCAAUGCAGAACAGCUGUGGAGAUACUUUAACCCGAAGAUCUAUACCAAACGUAGUCUGCUUACCAUGUAACACGGUUGCAUCUUGAGCAGUGACCUGCCAAGGGCAAAGGACCCUGCUCCCUGGUCUCACGGAUUUUCUAAACGCUUGGGCAGGUGGUUACUGCAUGUUCCACAUCAGUCAAUGCAACUUAGGACAAAACUAACAGGAUACAAAAACAGAGGCGAGGCUGCCGGGACCAGCGUAUUUCCGUUGCAGCCAAAUGGAUUUUAUUUUUUCAUUUUGUUGAUUCUCAGAAGCAGAAAGCAUCACUUUAAAAGUCUGUUUGUUCAUGCAAACUCUGUUUGCAUUCUUACAUUAGUUAAGCUAAGCAGCAAAAAGAAAAAACACACACUCACAUUUAGCCCAUGUCAUUUAAUUGUCAGUUCCUUUGACAUAAGCCGCGUCUUCUCCACAUGGGCUUCACGUGGUUUGGAGAUGGGUGGGGGGGGGAAAACAAUCAGGUUUCUUCAGGCUGAGGAGGACUUGCUCAGGCCAGUUCCAAACAUUGUGCUCGUUCAAUGCGUAGAAAUGAUUUGCAUGAUGGCAUGCCGUGAUCAGAAGUCAUGCAUGAGAACCAUACACCACAGGACACUACUAAUCCUGUCCCCUGCACUGGGUCAGCCUUUGGACAGGACCCAGCCCUGCACCGUUCACUGUAUUUGGAGAAAAAAUGGUAAGCGUUACAUACCCGCCGCAAUUCUUUCUGAAUUCUUACAAGUCUUUCGUACACCUUCUGGGUAGGGAAACAUAACCAACCAAUUGACCACCACCAACAAAAAACAAACCCAGUCCGACAAGCAGAUGGAUCCGUUGUGUGUAUGUGUUUAACAGACAUCUCGAACAUACAGCCAUUGUUGCACAUUUUGAAAGAUGAACUAUGCUGCUCUGUGUCCCGUACAUGGGGAAACUUUGAUCUCGAAUGGCUUAUAUUAAUGUCACUGUAAAACCAAAUCCUAGGGCUAAAAA